CGCAUGUCAAAAUUUCAUGUCAUUCACACAUCAUUUUAUUUAGUGAUAUCGUAAAAACGAGUUGAAUUUGUGGAAAUAUAAAGACGUGGUGUCUUCGGGCAUGAGUGCCGUUUACAAACGAACGAUUGUGUUCAAUAAAAUACCCUGGACAAUGUAUUAGUGGACUACAAAACGGGAGUUUAACAUGGUGGUUAAAUCCUGAAAGGAAAAUCGACUCUUUCGCAGUUUCCCUCUGAAUUUCCGUGUGGAGUGUCCUGUUCACUGAUUUUCUUGUUUAGUUUAACAUUCCGAAGAUGAUGUGACUGUAUUACGACUCGUGUGUGUAGUGGAUAACUUAUUAUCUAUUUUUGACUGCGUUUUCGAUCUAUAUUUAUCGGGAGUGAUACGGUUUUAAUGAAUAACUUCUAUGAAUACGAGCAAAUUGCAUACAUGGCGACCUUGGUACAGAAGAAACACCAAAUAAACACACAAGUCCCCCCUCAAUUUUCCGCCAUUUUGCAAUAACGAAUUUUUAAAAAAAAAUGCGCUCCGUCAACUGCCGUCCACGUGCACACCCAUCAAAAGUCAUAAAAAAACUAAAAAUAAAAAAGAAAUACGAGCUUACCAACAUAAAAAUAAAAAUACUGUGUUCCAAACUAUAGUUACCAACGUGAGCGCGCGAAUUUUUCGUUUUAAAAAAAGAGUUUUUUGACUAAAAAGGCUUUAACUCUGUAGUUUAUGGAUGUAAUGUUAAAAUAGUUGCCUUCUUUAGCAGUAGACAGUGUUGGUCCAAUCUCUAAUAAAUAAAUAAGUAAUAAUUUUCCCCCUUUAUAUAUAAAAACCUGUGUUUUAGAGGUGUUAUAUUUAAACGUGUGAUUGAAGUGUGAACACAUAAGCAAUGGAGACCACUGAAGUAGAAAAGAGCGCAGGCGCUGAGGAUACUAACCAACUGAACAGAAAUAGGAGCUUCAAAUCAAAACAACUGGUGCGCAGUCAAGCGCUACGCGAAACACAUUCUCCGCCCCGAGCAUUAUCACCAGCGCAACCUACAAUCACAAACGCCAAUAAUAUCAAUAAUAACGUAGGCAAUAUCUCGCCUAGCGUCACAAACUCAAGCGCAGAACUCAACGGCUCUCCUAGCGUCGAAAAACCCGUCGAAAACGGCAACAACGCGCCGCCUAGCGCAGGAAUCACGUCGCCUAGCGCAGGAAUCUCGGCACCUAGCGUCGGAAACAAAAGUCCUAGCGUCGGAAACAAAAGUCCUAGCGCAGAAAAUAGUGAUGAAAAUAGAACUGUGAGCGUGAGUGGGGAUUCUAGUCAUGUUAGCGUUAGGUGUAGUGAUGUGGUUAACAGUAGUGAUGUGAAAAAUAGUGAUAGUGAUGAUUUUAAGAAGAAAUUGCCAGUUGAGAUUCAGAUAACAUCAGGCAGCUGGGAUGACAACCACCACGAGAGGCAGCGCACGCGACGCUGGCAUUCAGACGCGCCGCGCGACCUGCUCUCCAACAACCCGCGCGUCAGCUGCGUCUGCGGCUCCUGUGCUGCUUGUGCACACUGCAGGGGUCGUCGUCGGCGCCAUUACUGCGCGUCGAAGCAGGACUCCGGUAUCGUGUGCCCGGACGACUGUGCCGACUGCUCCGAUGAUAAUGGUGCAUCUAACAAUGAUACAAUAAGAAAAUCGAGCAGUCUCGAUGUUGACGACCAAACUUAUUAUUGUAGAUGCCCAGAACGUAAAGAGAGACCAAAGAAUACACCUUUAACUAGAAAUGAUUCCGAUGACCGCUACGAGCCAACAGGUCCUGAACUAGUAGCGUUUAUCAAAGACACGCUGAACAAGAACGUUCGCGAUAGAAUGGCACUCCUGAAGAUCGAGAGAGAACUGCAUGCGUUGGUCAAUGAUACCGGCCGCUGCAUAGUCCGGUUCCCGGUGAUGACGUCGUACGGGCGCAUGCUGGUGCACCGCUGCGCCGCGCUGUUCCAGCUCUCGCACCAUCUCGACAUGACCAACAAGACCUCCGUCAUGGUGUCCAAAAGUGGCACAUCAGGUGGUCGUAUUCCAUGUACGAGCUUCAAGGAGUGGUGUACCACCACGUUCCCGCCCAGUCCUCAACGCCAUCAGCCAGAUCAUACGCAUGCCAAGUCUAUACUGAAAAGGGACACACACUCAUUGGACGAGCCGGGCACAGGAUCCCUCGCAAACAACAGGAGCAAGUCCCUGGAGCAGAGGGAGAGGGACUACGAGCGGGUACGACGCAGGAUAUUCAGCUCACAAGACGAAGCUCAAUGGCCGUGGUUGACUUCAGGAGGACCUAUCAAACUGUUGACUCCUGAAGGAGGCAGAAAUAAACUAUUAAAGGUACAAUCUCUAGAAGGCACCGGACCUGGUACCGGCUGGCGAGGACCAAGAGGUCCUGUCUCCAAGAGUCACAGCUUCGGAGGGUAUGCUGCCGCUGAACCGCAGCCGCCGAGGCUGUUGAGCAGGCAGGGUGACCUGGCAUCCAGCAGUUGGCGUCUCUCUCCAUCCAGUUCAGGGUAUAAGACGCUUAGUCUUCGCAGCACCGACUCCAUCACACCUUCACCCACUGGAGGUGCCAGUCCUGAACCAGCUUGCAGCACAGCAUCCAGCAUCCCUGCCGGAGUUCCCGACACGGGCGUCGUGUGGUGCGUGACGGACAUGGCCGCCGUGCCGGCCGGAGCACUGCUCAUACACCCCAUGACGGGACGUCCACUAACAAACCCGGAUGGUACCGUAUACACGUUCGAUCCGGCGAAUCCGCCGGUGUUGUACGACCCAGCUGCCGUACAAAAUGAUGAGCAACAACAACAAUUGGAUCCGAAUAUCGAGAAGCGUCGCGGCAGAUUGGAGAAACAGCAUUCGUUUAUCGACAACGAGUGCGAGUGUCAACCAAGCGAGGAGUGUCGCAACAAGUGUUGCUGCGAGUGUCGGAGACACGAAGCCUGUCAUCUUAAGAAUAAUAAUAAUGACAAGGAAACAAACACAAAACCACAAAGCCCAUUCGAAACGAAACCAACCGAAACACAAGAAACACAACCAGAAUUCGAACCAGCCAAUCAGACGCCGGAACAAUACGAGCCGACCAAUCAGACGCCAGCUUACGAGCCGCCAACCAAUCACAAGCCGUUUGAGACGAGGACUUUUGAGUCGACCAAUCAGACGCCGGCUUACGAGCCGCCGGCCAAUCACAAGCCGUUUGAGACGAGGACGUUUGAAUCGACCAAUCAGAGCGUUGGGAAUAACGGUUUGAGUAAUAGAGCGGGUAAAGUGACCAAUGAGGGACAAGAGUUGGGAUAUCAACAGUAUAAUCAAGGAUAUAGGACUGAAGAGGUAACAUCCCCACCACAAUUGGCUCAGCAGUUCGUUCCACACGACGUGUCGAUGCAGGUGAUGCCAAAAGUGGCACCGCUUCCAAUACCCGAUCCUAAUUUACGACCGAUGCCUAUGCCAAGCAUGACAAACGUGGUGUAUCAAGCUCCCAUGGCACAAGGAUAUCCUUACCAAUGCAGAGUCGAGCCAUCUGUACACAUGUACGGGCCGCCGGUGCUACCGACCGAGGAGCACAAGCUCACCCCCUCCCCCCAGCCCAACGAUACCGGCUUCAGGAUCGACCCGAGCUACCCGUACGCGGCGGUGGACUACACCGCGGCGGCGUGCGGCGCCUGCGUCGAUACCAACACGCUGCAGCAUCAGCCACGCAGCUACAGUGUACCCUACGGUCCGGUGGAAGUGCCACAACCAGUGUUGCCACCCUACGCAAUACCUAACGUUAUGAUGCCGCAACCUCAUCUACAGCCUUACCCGCAAUACCAAGAGCAAGUCCCCUGGGGGAUGCCAACCCACGGCGUAUCACACAAGCUGAUGUUACCGGACUUGUACCCCAUCGUGCAGUACCCGCAGCCCUCCUACCAGCACUACAAUAUCGUCUACCCACAGGUAAUCCAACAGCCCUACCAAGUAUGCCAGCCAGUCUACCCCGUGAUCGAGAAGCCAGUAGACCAGCGACCCUCGAACCUGUCGAGCCGACCUUCCAAGAGGAACUCUGUCUCCAGCUCCUCAAGGAACACUCCUCAUGAUGAGAGGUUCGAAGAGAAUAGGCAGCAUAAUGAUAUUGCUGCUAAGAAGCUGGUAGACCAGCGACCCUCGAACCUGUCGAGCCGACCUUCCAAGAGGAACUCUGUCUCCAGCUCCUCAAGGAACACUCCUCAUGAUGAGCGGUUCGAAGAGAAUAGGCAGCAUAAUGAUAUUGCUGCUAAGAUACAACAAAUAAAAACCCAAAUGGCCCAAAUGAACACCCGCGACAGGGACAAGCGUCGCGACGAGUGGCGCCGACGCAACAGCGGCAGCGGCCUGCUCGGGAACUGUCCUGUCAACAGCUUCAGUGCCAGGGUCAUGGGUCGCAGCACGAAUGACGACCGCCACCUGACGUCAGCGGCGCGUGCCAUCGUCGACUCCAUCAGGAGUAUGCAGGCUAAGAAUACAUAUCAAGACAACCGUCGCGACUACCCCCGCGCGGACCACAAACCGGACAGACCGGACUACCGGCGCCGCGACCGCGACGACAAACCGGACAAGGACAACCGCCCGGCCGAUCAUCAGCCGGAACGGUUCGACGCGAGGAACCGGGUCAACGUGCCCGUGUAUCGACAGCCUUAUUUGUUUAGACAGGUGUCACCAGGAACGUGGUGCCGACGUUCCCCGGGACCAGUACAUCCAGUUUUAAAUAACCCGCGGCGUCCACACCCGGACAAUCGGAACCAACGUCGUUAGAAACAGACUUACAAGCAAUAAUAUACAUUAUACAUAUACAUACAUGUAUAUACAAGUAUACAUACAUGUAUAUACAGUUAUACAUACAUGUAUAUACAGAUAUACAUACAUCGUAUAGUCAUGUGAUGAGGCAGAAGUGUAGAUUUUGUUUUUCAAUAAAAGUUUGUAUACAUGGUGUUCGCAAAAAAGCAGUUGUAAUUUUUUGAACAUGCUGUAUAAUAUACAAGGUGUUACAAAAACUUAAGUUGUAAAAUAGCCCAGAAUUUACUGAAAUCGGUUGAGAAUAUACUGCAAAACAAUUAACAAUGUAACUCUAAUAAUACAUGGUGUUUAAAAAGGAUAAAUAAACUAUACAGCGUGCUGCAAAAAUGUUCACAAUAAUAUUUUGUAAAACAACAAUAGUAGGUACUAACUAUACUGAUUGACGCAAAAUUAAAACUAACUUUAUAAAAGGUGUUUACAAAAUGGUUGCAUACCAAAACGAUUGUAAUACUUUACGCUUACACAAAGGUUGUGGUAUUUUUUAAAUAAAUAAAAAAUAAACAUUAAUAAAUACAAUGGUUGUGCUUACCAUAGAUAGAGACGAGUUUAACAUCUAGUGAGUGUUAACAUCUAUUUAGGCUGUAAGAAAACAUCGGGGUGACAGCCAUUUUGUAAAAUAAACCUUAAAAUAGAAUGAAAUUAGGUUUAAAGUUGAGUAAAUAAUAUGAAAAAUAUAUGUAACGCUGACGUAUAUUUUCAUGUACUUUACUUGACUGAGUAUUUGAAAAUAAAUAAUUGCAUUACAUCAGAUUUUUGCAUGAUAUAAAAUCUUUGAAAAAUGAAGAAAAAUUGCUGAGAAUUUUUUCCCUGUAUAAAAGUCGUACUAAACAAUUCUGUAACAUCAUCAUUUUCCGAGCCUUUUCUCAACUAUGUUAGGGUCGGCUUCCAGUCUAACCGGAUGUAGCUGAGUACCAGUGCUUUACAAGGAGCGACUGCAACAUCUAAUACAAAAUUUAAUAAAUAAUAUACCAUUUGAAAGAAAAUGCUGUUACAUUAAAUAAUUUUUACAACACCAUGUAUACACUACAUUUCUGCCUACCCUCCAAAAAAGUCAAAGGAAUCUUACGUAGUCGGAAGAUCUCACACAAACCGGAUCUAGUCAUUUUUUUAAUUAAAAACAAUCAUAGAUUAAUCGUUAUAGAACUUUGUUUUUUUUUUUGAAGUUUUUUUGUAAAAACUGCGCAAUAGGUAUCCUUUGACUAAGUAAGGCUUAAUUUAUUUUAAGUUCUAUCUUUUAGUUUAAAAACUACCAUUCUCUCUCUCUCUCUGUUUUUUUUUAGUUAAUACCGAUGUGGGAUUGGGUUUUUUGAAAAAUAAAUUUAAAAGAUAAAAAAUGGCAAAAGAAAAUGUAAAGUUUUCAUCAAAUAGUUUUACCGUAGGUACCAAAGUUGGUUUACUAGUGCCUUCAACUUAUCAAAAUAUACACAAAAUAGCUAAUAACGUAAAAUAGUAAGUCGAUUUUGAAAAAUUAUAACAUUUAAGUAAUCCAUCCGUUUAAUAGCUACGAUGCCACAGACAAACAAACAAUAGUGGUCAAGCUUAUAACAACCCUUUUUCACGUCGGGGUAAAAAUACUGAGUAAGCAUGAGGCUUCAAAUUUCAAAAAAAGGGGGUUUUCAGAGUGGCACAGCUAUUUAAUGAGAUCCGUAUCAUUUUUCGUACUAUUUGAAAUUCUAAAACUUCAUAUUGUAAUUCAUAAAAUCCAAUCCCACAUCAUUCAAUGUAAUAAUAGUUUUUAAGUAUCCGUUAAGAACAUACCCGAUUUUACAGUUUUCACAUAACUAUGACAAUCUGAAGUUAGCUACUAAUGACUUUAAAAUUAAGGCGUCAAAUGGCUAACUUCAGACUGGCAGAGCUAUUUGGCAAGAACUAAAAAUGUUUAUUUAGGAAACAUUACAACAACAUUAAAUGGAGACAAUAGCAAAAUUGCGGCAAAACUUGUAAUUAUUUGACACUGUAAAAAAACUAUUUGAAAUUAUCAGAGCAAUGGAAAACUUACUUUUGUGAAAAACAAAAGCCAAGUUCAUCUACAACAUAAGCGUCAGUUUUCUUAAAAUAACUAAUAAAUGUACUAUGAAUUUUUAAGUUCAAUUUUCAUAGUAUACAGUUGUUUUAAGAACAACGGAUGUUUUACUCAGCUUACUCAUCUAAAGUUUUCACCAAAUUUGAUUGAACAUGAUUAAAAACACACUAUUAACCGACUUAAAAGAUGGAUGGUAUUUUUUCAAAAGAUCUAAACUGCAAUAUAUCAAGUUUAAAGGUUUAAAGUUGAGUAAAUAGUACAAAAGUAUAUGUAACGCUGACGUAUAUUUUUGUUAUUUAUUUGACUGAGUAUUUGGAACUUAAUCAUUUAAUUUAUGUACCUCUACAUCAGAUUUUUGCAUGAUAUAAAAUCUUUGAAAAAUAAAACUGUUCCCUGUAUAAAAGUUGAACUAAACAAAUCUGUAACAUCAUCAUAUGCCGAGCCUUUUCCCAACUAUGUUGGGGUCGGCUUCCAGUCUAACAAAAAGUCUAGAAAUGUUUCGACUAAAUAAAAAAUACAUGAGUAUUCACAAGUAUAAGAGAUAUUGGCAUUUGACUAAAAAUAAACACUGUUUUGAUUGAUGGAAAUUACUGUGAUUUUGUAGCGAUUUUUAAUAAUCAAAAAUCCGGGACUCUGUCCCGUGGUCGGGUAGAGACAUACAAAAUAUAACUUUGGUUGUAAUUUUUUACUUCUUGUAAUAUGAGGUCCGGAGCGGAGUUUUUAAACAAUCAACAAAAUUUCUUUCUUCAAACAUCUCGUCUCUAGCCACUGAAUAAUGUUAAUGUUUUGGAUUUUUUGUCGGUAAUUCAUUAUAACGCUGGCUAAUUAGAAUAAUAGUCAGCCACAGAUCGCUGGAGAUUAAUUUAUUUGUCGGAACCAUUAUUAUUUUCCCUGAUUAAUAUCCGUUGGUAUAGAAAUAAAUUGUAUAUCCAACUUUAUAUCGAUACUGAUAAGGUUUUUGUUGCGUCAACGUAAAGUGUCUUCAAUUGGUGCCCGGGCCUUAUACCUGCAUAACAACAUAAAAUUAUAUAUUGAUUGAUUAAUAGUACUUAACAUGAUUUAACUGUAACCAAAAUUAUUUUAUUCUCAUUAAGUACAGAAUUAUUAAAACUUGCUACAAAAUAAAGAUGAUUUUGAUUGAAAUAUAAAUGAUCUGUGUAAAAAAAUUGUAAUGUCAUCUAUCGAUCGAUACCAUAGAGACAGUUCGUCUCAAAUGUCACGGAUAGUAGAACGCUAUUUAUAAGAAAGUUUAUUGUAACAUGUAGAGUAUAUUAUUGUUAAUAAUAAAGAUUUUAGCCUAUA